AUGGAAUCAUCGUCAAAAACAUUUCUCCACCCACUUCACGAAAUCGCCAUGACUCCAACCCACAAGCUUCUCUUAAAGCAAUGGCUUAAAGAAGAGGAACUGAUCCUGAAUCGAAUCGCUCUCAAAGAAACCCAGAUCGAUGCUGUUCGAAAGGAAAUCACUCACAUUUACUGUUUCUUCUUUCUGUUUCACUCGAUCUCACUAAUGCUCCUCUUCAGCAGCGCAUCUUCGUCUACAUCUGGAUCAUGCAACCGAUCAUGGAUCCCAUCUCUCUGUUCGCUCCUCUGUUCUCUGGGAUUAAUCUGGGCUGUUCGUUACAAGACAGACACAGAAUCGCAUCUGGAGAAAUUACUGGAGAGGGAGAAAGAAGAUGGGAAGUUAUUGGGGAAGUGUGUGGAGGAAUUGAAGAAGAAAGGUUUGGAGUUUGAUUUGUUGAAGGAAGUUGAUGCACUUCGAAGGGCUAAAAGUUUGAGGGUUGAAGGUAAAGCAGUGAAGAAAUGGUCAACGAGAGACUUUGUUACUCUGUUUUUCUUCACUGUUUCUUGUUUGGUUCUUGCUCUUACUAGGGUCAUUCUCUGCAAUUGA